AUGGACACCCAUGACGUUUCUCAGGUAUCCGAAUACCUGGCACACCUGCAGAAGCAAAAACGAACCCUCCAGAAUGCUCAGUCUCGCAAGGGCCAGACUCCCAAGCCAACCAAGUCCCGCGACGAAAUCAUCAUGUAUUUCAUGUUUCGCCGGAUGAUGGCCAGCAACAGACCUGUUUACCAGCACGCCCUUAAAUCCUCUUUUGUGCCCCCCGCCUACCCCCCUUCCACUGCUGCGUUGGGUAACCUGAAGAAGAUAAUGAUCAAAAAUCUUACUCUUGAGACUCAUCAUCGUGGAUCGUACAUUCUGCUCAGAGCGGUCACCCCGACGGAUAUAAUGACUGCGAUCAUGGCCGUGGCAGAAGAUGAGAGAGGGGACGCUCUCAGGUUGCAGCUGUAUAACCAGGAGAAGGAUCUUGCUACUGAUGGCCGGCUUGUUGAAGGAACAAUUAUGAUCGUCAAGGAGCCUUAUUUGAAGCUGAUGGCUGAUGGGGACUACGGACUGCGAGUUGACCAUCUCUCCGACAUCAGGCUUGUCCCAGACCAUGACCCGCUGGUACCGGCUUCAUGGAGACGUCGGCCGGAGCAUGAUGCCUCUGCCCAUUCCUGGAAGACAGAAGGAAACGAGUUCUUCAACCAGGCUAAGUAUCACCUCGCUAUUGACUGCUACUCCAAGGCUCUAGAUUCUUCCCCAACCUCCGAGGAAACCCUUGCGAUCAGACUCAAUCGUGCUCUUACUUGCCUCAAAACCCACCAAUUCGACGCGGCCCUCCAUGACCUCGACCUCAUCUUGACAACCCACGAAUCCUCUGAAAAAGCCCUAUUUCGCAAAUCCCAGGCCCUCUACCACCUCCAAAAAUUUCAAGAUUCCUCUGAAGUUCACAAAGUGCUCAGCAAGAAGUACACGGACAACAUGGCCGCUAAGAGCGAGUUCGAUCGUGCCACUGCACGACUUAUCGAGGAACAGAGUGGCCAAUAUCCAUUCAAAAGACUACAGCUAGAGGCAAAGAAACGCCACCCUCCCCAUCUGGAUCGUGCGACCUACAUCGGUCCUGUCUCAGUGAGGCCUACUGAGUCCCGCGGACGGGAAUUAUUCACGACAGAGGCGGUCCAGGCCGGUGAUCUACUCUUCUGUGAAAAAGCCCUUGCGCAUGCCUUUCAUGACGACGCUGGCGAAUGGACUAGUGUUUCGCUCUUGAUGAACUCCGAAACAGAGACUAUGACAAUGGGUACCCAAGCAGACCUCAUCGGCCUCAUCGCGCAAAAGCUGUACAAGAGCCCAUCAUUAAUGUCGGCCUUCACUGAUCUGUACCACGGUUCCUAUACCCCGGUGGGCAUCUCAGAAGUAGACGGCACACCCGUCGUUGACACCUUCCUUAUCGAGCGAAUAAUGUCACUGAAUUGUUUCGGCUGCCCACUCUCCUCGCGUGCAUUCCACAUCCACACCAUGAAAGACGAAGCACAACGUCUCGAAAGUCCCAGCAACCAAUUUCAUUCCUGCGGCGUCUGGACUCUAGCAUCUUACAUCAACCACUCCUGCUACAGCAACGCUCGCCGUGCCUUCAUCGGCGAUAUGAUGGUGGUUCGCGCCACACAGGAUCUCCCUGCAAACACGGAGCUCACGUUCUGGUACAAAGUGCCCUGGGACAUUGGCUCCCCAGAAGAAGAGCAACUGGACCUGCACCACUGGGGGUUCAAAUGCCGAUGCGCAAUCUGCCAGGAUCUCCAAGACACAAGGACCAGUGAUUUGAGGACACGGAAACAACUGACGGCUAGCUUGGUGAAAGCCUUCCAGUCCCUGCCCCGAUCCCAGUCCCGCCAGCGAAACGCAGCAAUCGCUCAAAUCAAAGACAUCGUUUCCGCGCUCGAGGAGACAUACCGCCGGCCAUGCUCUGAGAUUCCCCGUCUCGGCAUCUGGAAAGCAUAUCUGUCUCUGGCGAUGGUGCACGCCACGAGCAACCAGCCGCGGAAAGCUGUGGAGUUCGCGCUCAGAACGCUGGAGUCGCUGGGCUACGUGAUUGAAGGCGGACAGCUUCCACCUGCGUCCGGCGCAACGCUGUCUGUCAGGAAAUGGGGGUUGGUGAUGGAUGAUCUUGUGGGGUGUUGGAUGAUUCUUUGCAGCGUGUAUCGCGAUGUAGCACCCGAGCUUGUCGAUCGAGCGGAAGAGUACGCCAAGAUAACAUAUAGGAUGUGUGUUGGAGAGGAUGAGACGUUUGGUGAUACCUACAGUCGGUGCUCGGAGCGGGUAGAUGGGCUUAUUGUUGGCGCGAAAUAA